UGUCCGCAGGCGGGGGCGGGCGCGGCGGAGCCGGGGAGGAGGCGGUGCCUUAUAGCGCGGGCGCGGCGGGCAGCGCCGGCAGAGCCUAGCCGAGCCGAGCCGAGCAGAGCCGGCCGAUACCCUGGACAGCGCUCCGCCGCCACCGCCCCGCCGCCAUGGAGAGCCUGAAAGCUUUUGACCGGGAAGUAAAUGAGUUUGUGGAGUAUAUGUUUGGGCCUCGAGAUCCCAGGGUUAGAGGAUGGUUCCUUUUGGACUCUUACCUUCCCACUUUUUUCCUUACUGGAGCAUACCUACUGUGCAUAUGGCUGGGCACCAAGUUCAUGAAGGAUAGGCCUCCUUUCUCUCUCAGGACUCACCUCAUUGUAUAUAACCUUGGGAUUACACUGCUCUCCUUGUACAUGCUCAUAGAGCUCAUCCUUGCCACGUGGGAAGGAGGCUACAACUUGCAGUGCCAGAACCUCCACAGUGCAGGGGAGGCCGACAUUCGGGUAGCCAAGGUGCUGUGGUGGUAUUACUUUUCCAAAGUAAUUGAAUUCAUGGACACCAUCUUCUUUGUACUGAGAAAGAAAAGCAGCCAGAUCACCUUCCUUCAUGUGUAUCACCAUGCCACUAUGUUUAACAUUUGGUGGUGUGUUCUAAACUGGAUACCUUGUGGGCAAAGUUUCUUUGGACCCACUUUGAAUAGCUUUAUCCAUGUGCUUAUGUAUUCAUAUUAUGGACUGUCAGUCAUCCCCUCUAUGCGCAAGUAUCUCUGGUGGAAGAAAUACCUCACUCAGGCACAAUUGAUCCAAUUUCUGCUCACUAUUGUGCACACACUCAGUGCAGCUGUGAAGCCAUGUGGAUUCCCAUUCGGCUGCCUCAUGUUCCAGUCCUCCUAUAUGGCCACACUGGUCAUUCUCUUCGUAAACUUCUACAUCAAGACAUACGGGAAAGCACCUUCAAGAACAGCUACAAAGGAAACCCCUGUCACAACAGAAAUCAAGAACGGUUUCCAUAAGGACUACUUUGUUGCUGCCAAUGGAUUCCUGGACAAUAAAAAAGCACAAUAAGUAUGGUACUUCUUGUGCUUUCUUUUUUCUAAAGAAAAAAAAAAAAGGGAAAAGAAAGAAAAAAAGAAGACUGAAUUACAAGCUUUAGCUUAAAACCUGUUUGAUUACAUUUAUCAGUUCUUUCUACCAGACACUUAUUAAUGUACCACUAUUUAGGUUUUAACAAACUUGCUCUGUCAAAGAUCACCAUUGGAACAAAGGCAGCCAAGAUCUUUAUCCUGUGAAAAAGAAAACCUUUGUGAUCUCUAAUGCUGACACAAAAACGCCUUAUCAAACACUUGAUGGGUAAACCCAUCAAUGCCUUCAAAAGGUUAAGACUCCGUUCAGACUAAUGCAGUAAGCACUUUCUAUGCAAGAGAGAGGUCUUGAGGCAAGACCUCAACAAUCCACCCAAGACAUUCAGCUAAACUGUGGCUGUAGUCAGGAAAAGGAGGAAGGGGAGAGGAGGAACGCUGGGAAUCAUGCCUUUUCCAUCAUCAUUCCUCCUUUGCUUCUCCCCAGAUGUUCCCCAAAGCUUCCCUUGACACCAGCAAGAUGCAGCCAUCCCUUUGGUUGUGUGGGAGCCCUGAGGAAGGACAUGCACUAUACUUGCUUUACAUAUGUGCAACCUGACUCAGAUGCCACAAAGGCUGUGCAUUCUGCUUCAAGGGGGGUGGAAUGGUAGCACAUGGGACUUCCCAGUACGGCAUUUAGAAGACAUGAUAUCAUAUCAUGAUAAGAGGUUCUGAGCAAAACAUGUAAUUUCAGAUGUGCUAGAUCAGAGUUCUGAGUAAAUGGAUUUUGAGAGAAAUAAGAGCUCAACAACUUACUGAAGACAAAUCCUUUGAGUGUUUAACAUGCACAAAGUUAAUCCUAUACAAAUACUGUAAUUUGCCACAAACUGACAUGCCACAUAUUGAUAGACUGGAAGAUGCAGAAAAUCUUCAAAGUGAAUUCAGCAACAAGCAAAACACAUAAUAAAGGAAUUUCUGUGCUAGGUGGGCCUUAUUCAGACUGGUUUCUGACUGGAGAAACAGAUGUGACUGAGGCGCAAUCCUCUGUAGGGAAAGCAAGGAGAUAUUUACUGUCUGUAGCUGUAACAGACUGGCUAUAUCCAGCCACAAUCCUUUCUGCUUCAGUUAGCUGCAUUUACCUCCCACUUCAAUUAUGAGAAAUUCAAAAUACCCAAGGUUAGUUUGGGGAUCUGCUUUCACAGUUUUCUUAGCAAUGUGGACAAAACCUUUCUGAUCUGGCAGAAAA